GGAGGGGGGGGUUUGAUCGCGCCCGCAGCCACUCAGCGGCCUGGCGCCGGCCCUGGCCUCGGCCCCGGCCCCGGCGCGGCGCGGCAGGCCCGCCCGCCUCGCUCGCCCCACGCAGACAUGUCAGAACCCCGGAGGGUGGCCUUCAACACCGUGAGCGCGCCCGAAGCCGUGCCCGCGCCUCCCGCUGCCCCCAAGAAGAAGCGGCGAGAGGAGCGGGGCGACCAGGGCAACGUGCGCUUCGGCCUGAAGCUGAGCGAGCCGAGCGAUCGCAGCCACACGGAGUACAACUACAACGAGCUGCUGCGGGAGGCCAAGAGAAAUACUUCCAAUCCUGAUGAUCCUUUUAACGAUGAAGAGAAAGAAAGGAAAGAAGUGGAAGCAAUAGCAAAGAAACUUGAGGAGAAAUAUGGUCAGAAGAACCACAAGCGACGGAAAGACCGCAUGCAGGAUUUAAUUGACAUGGGAUACGGCUAUGAUGACACUGAUCCAUUUAUUGACAACUCUGAAGCAUAUGAUGAAUUGGUUCCAGCCUCGCUGACAACGAAAUAUGGAGGAUUUUACAUAAACACGGGAACACUGCAAUUCCGCCAGACAUCGGACACCGAAGAUGAAGAUGUGGUGGGGAAGAAAAGAUUGAAAUCACCAAAAAAACAAAAAUUAAGAGAUGGUGAAGACAGGGUGGUGAAAAAACAAAGAAGGAAGGAUGAAGGGGGGAUGAAAGAGAAGAAGCCAAGAAAGCUGAAAGUUCCCAAGGAGUCUGGAGUGGUGGCCCUUAAUGCAGUCAAACACCAGAAAAAGAAGCGGAGGAAUCAUAGUGACACACUUUCGCUGGCUGCAAUGCUCAAAAAGUUCCAAAAGGAGAAGGAAGCCAUGAAGAAGCAGGAGACCAACAUGAAGCAACUGCCUGCCUUUCAGCUGACCGAUCAGUCCGCGAAGAAUACUAGCAUUUCCGAGUAUACCCUAGCUGCCUCCGAUCAAGUCUUUUCAAUUCUGGGAAAUUCCAAUGAGAAUGACUUAAUUCAGGAAGCUGCCAAUGCCAUAGAGUUGCUUGGGGAUCUGGACCUAGAUAAGCUGCUGGCGGAAACGCACAGCGGAAGCCCGGCCUCUGAACCUGAGGAAAGCAGUAACACUGCCGUGUCUUCGAGCUGCAACUUGCCCACCCAGAACCAAAAGCAGGUGCCCCAGUUGCCAUCAGGAAUAUCCGCCCAACUUGAAAAACGCAUUCACGAUCUCAAGACCCUGCGUUCUAUGAACUCAAUCAAUGAAGUGUCUGUUGGCAAAGUUUCUGAAGGGGAAGGAAAGAAGAAAUUUUUCACCCCAGACAUUAACACCAUCCUGCUAGAUAUUGAGUUACAAGUGCAGGAUCUGAAUCCGACUCAGCGUUCAGGAGUGUACAGCUAUCUGGCUUCUUUCUUGCCCUGCAGUAAGGACCAGUUAAUGAAACGUCUGAAGAAGCUACACCUCAAUGAGCAGGAUGAGCGGUUACGCGAUCCCACACAGAAACUGAAGGAAGCAGUAGCAAACGCCAUGCCAGCACAGUUGGUAAAAUACCAGGAAGAACUGCAAGCACACACAAAGGCCCGGUCUGCCAAGAUAGCAUCUGAAGAGGAUCGAGAAAAAAAUGGAUCUGAAGAGGAAGAUGACGAUAAGCCAGGCCGAAGGGUAUCAGGACCAAGGAAAAAGUUUCUUUGGAACGAUUAUGUCAGGGAUUUGCUGUGUAAUCUGGUGAAGAUAAAGCUGGGAUGUUACGAACUGGAGCAAAACAAAUCACAGUCACCAGAGGAUUAUCUGAAAGCUUUUAUGGAAACGGAGGUGAAACCUAUCUGGCCUAAAGGUUGGAUGCAGUCACGGAUGCUUCUGAAAGAGAGCAAGAAAGUGCAUAAUCAUCUGACAGCCACACCAGCCAAGAAGAAGGUGAUACUGGCACCGAAACCAAAAGUUAAGGAUUCAAGCCCAAAGAAAGAACAGAAGCUUUCUGCGCCUGCCGAUGCUGGGCUGAAAGGGCUGCCAAUGGGCAAUGUCACAUCGAUCAAUAUCUCGAGUUCCAGUUGUGCCCCAAAUCAAGACACUAUUUACUUAGAUGAUUCUCUGGAUGAGCAUCUAACCAUUAAACCCCCUUCCUUAGAAUCUGUGUCAGAUGCAUUGUCCGUCUUCAAUAGCACACCCAAGACUACCAGAAUUGUAAAUAAUUCUGUCCCAGGCACACCGCGGCCACAGCCUAUGAUGAAAGAGGAUAAGAAGGUUGUGGUCAAGGCCACACCUUUGACAGUUUCUCCAAAAGAAGCCGCAUCAUCCCCAAAACUUGCCACCUCAUCCCCAAAACUUGCCACCUCAUCCCCAAAACUUGCCACCUCAUCCCCAAAAGAAGCCACGUCCUCUCCCAAAGUGACCACGCCCUCUCCGAAGGUGACAACACCAUCGCCGAAGGUGACCACGCCCUCUCCAAAAGCGUCCACGCUUUCCCCCGUCCCUUUGACCUUCAGCCAUUUGUUUGGUCACAGUUCAAGCAGCAAGAAGUCCCAGGAUGCAGGUCGGCCAGGAAUGAGCAGCCUGAUAGCUGGCUACACAGCUCCUUCGCCACAGGCACCCAAGGCUCCGUCUGUGGCCUGCGCAGCCAAACAGCAGCAGUCUGGCGCGCAGAGGCAGAGCCAGUCGCAAGCCCAAAUCAACAAGCAGCCCCCCCAGUCCAGCGUGCAUCACAACAGCCUGGCGUCUCCCUCGCACGUUAUCAGCAAGGUUCACCAGAACCCUGUGGUGAAGCUGAACACCUGUCCGCAGCACCUGCUCUCGAGUCACUUAUCGCAGGUGUCGGAGAAGCCAGCUGCCUACCAGACGUCGUUUGCCCCCUCAGCCACCAGCAGCACCCACGCCCCCCACAGUUUGACCUCUCGAACCAGCGUCAGCCCAUCUACCUCUGGCAGUUACUCGCCGAAAGCCACGGUACCCGUCAGCACCUCAGUGCAAGGCUUCAAGCCUCCGUUUACCAUGGCUGGCCCUCUCAAGACUGCCACCACCGCCAGCACAGGGAGCCAGAGUGUGUCGGUGGGGACGGGCAAUCCGGGCGGGGGCUCCGCCAGCAGGCAGGGCAGUGCCAAGCUCUCCAGCAGGCCGUCGCCUACCAGCUCGGCCGUUGGUCAACAGCAGUCAGCGUCCCUUGUGAAAAAAACCUCAGUGCCUCAGAAACUGGCCAGCCCUUCUGGUACCGCCACGCCCUGCAAAGCCGCCGCGGCUGCCACUGUCAGCCGCAGCAGCUUGAGCGUGAGUGGGGCGCCUGCCAAGAGCAGCGGAGCAGCGGGGAGGAGCGGUGGCGCCGGAUCAGCAGGUCCCAGCACCACCAGCCGCAGCACCGUCAGCCCCAGCACCUCUGUCAGCAGGACCGGGUCUGUGAGCAAUUCGGCCGCUAACAGGGGCAGCCCGACCGGAGCUGGCACAAGGACUAAUGUGAGUGGGGGGAGCGGAAGUGGUGCUCAGGUUGCUAUAAAAAUGCUGCCCUCCCUUCACAGACCUUCCUCUGCCUCAGGAUCAUCAGCUGGUAUCCAGGCGACUGCUGGAUCAACAUUGUUGGCAAACACGUCACCUCUGACUCUCAUGCCAUCCCCCCUGAAUGUAACAAAUCUCAAUGCGACAUCUGCAUCCUUGAACACGGCGGCAGCAUUCAGCAUGUUGGGCAGCCUGGUUCCUGUUUCCCUUCCCUUCCAGCUGCCACUCAACCUGCUGAGCUUUGCACCAGAAGCCACCGUCUCCACCACCGCGCCUACUGGAUCUACCUCAGUUACGUUCCAGCACAACUUUACACAGAAUAUUUUGAAAGGUUUGCAGUCUGGUUCUGCACAGCUUUCCCGAUCGAGUGUACCAGCCCACUUACAACAGAGCUAUACAGAUGGCAACCAAAACCAGGGAGACUCUUCGAAGGUCCAGCGGAAAUCACAGUGACCUCAAGGAAUGGAGUGACACAGGAUGUGUUGGAUUGAAGUCUCCUGAUUGGUCCAGUUGCCUCCGUUUGGAGAUAACUCACUGGGUACAUGACUGAGGGCAUUUUCCUUUCGUUAUGUUUAUAAAACUUGUGACCCAGAGCACUGUGGGAAAGGGAACAUAUUUUACUGAGUCGAUUCACAAAUGGGACCUAACGAAGCUUGAACUAGACAGGCCAAUCAGUCCGUUAGCUCAUCUGCUAACCAGGAGGACUUCAGCCGAGGAUGAACUGAAAUGGUGAAAGAGGAUUCCAAAGCAAAAGGUUACUCAACAAGCACAGCAUUUAUUCCACAAGAUGUGUAGCGCAGACUGGGGGAUGGGCCCAGAGGUCUAAGGCCUGUGAGGGGGGGGGGAGUGGGUGCCAGAGAGAAGGAUUAGAGCUGGGGUUAGGAUUCUGGUCAAGAGCUGGAAUCCUAGGGGUAAUCAAGAUGGUCAAGCAAAAUCAAGUGAGAGUGUAGGCCCAAAGGCUUGAAGUACGAAAGAAUUCAGCACCCAUGAUGUGCAAAGUCUGAGAGAGAGAUAGGUGGGGAGGGGGGCAGAAGGGAGCAGAAGAUGGGGUAAGGUGUGUGGUCAAGAACAAAGGAGAGGGGCUGGCUGAAAGUGAGAUGGGGGAAGUGUUCCAGAAGCCUGAGGGCCAGGAGAUGGGCAAGGUGAUAAGAAGGGGCAUGGAAAAGGUUGGGAGAGGAUAACGGUGGUGGAACAGGGAUCAAGGGGCUGGUGUGUGAGGGAAGCAGAAUUGAUGGGUGACCAGAUGGAUACGAGAGAGAGGGCAGCUGUCAGGGAGGUCUGGGCAAAGGAGCUUUAGGAAAGACUAGGUGUCGGGGAGCACACAGCGGGGUGGUUGGUUUGAGAUACGGAAGGUAGGAUGGAGAAGGGAGAGUGGGGCAGUUGAGCUUCGGGAUGUGCGAGUAGGAUGGGAUUGCUGGAGAGCGAAUGAUCAUUGGGGGCUGGGGUGAGAGUAUUGAAGAGAUGGGGUUUAGUGAGGCAGAGGCCAAUGAAGGAGACUGACGCCAAGUGGAGCCAUGGGCCCAUGUAGAAUGUGGAACAAAGUGAUGUCAAAGAGAAUCGCAGGGCAAGGCUGAACAUUAAAUUGGAAGCUCAAGACAAAUGACUGUUCAUUACAUGCUUUAUUUAUCCAAUACCCAGUGAGCCUUAUGUACAGAUAGUAUUGAGACACUGAAAUGAAGUUUGGAGAGCCUGAAAUGUUUUUGAAUGCACGUGGGAACAGUGGGCAGGGGUGGAUGCCUUAACCCAGUUGGCAUGGGAGGGGGUCUGCGGUGACCCUGCCAUUCAAACUCGUCCGCGAGUUGGUCAGUCAUUGGUUGGAGUAACGUGUGAUUAGCAAUACUGCAGAUCGGGCCAAAUGUUGAUUGAUAGCUGGAUAACAGGGAGUGGUGAGAAUUGUACAAACCAAUGUGUGGGGGCUUUGUCAGCCCAUAAUCAACUUCCAAUAUAGUUCAACCCUUUCUGUUCUUUCAAAGUGGGAUGCAUCUUCCACUGACAAAACAGACUGUAUCACAUAUACUAUAUUUAGCUACUGAUGCCAUGGGCACGUGAGGCUGUGGUGUCUUCUAGCAGUUCUGGCCUGCUGUUGGAUAUGGAAGGUUCAUGUACUUUAUAUUGCAGCAUACCUUUAUUAUGUUUGGGUUUCUUGAUAUAAUCUGAUGAGGGCUUUCAUUAAUCAGCACCCAAACAGUUGCAUUCCUUUGCUGAGAUUAUACAGUGUGGUGAUUAACAGGUACACACCUUCAAAAGAGGUGAAACAUUAAACUACAUUCCUACCAGCGUUAAGCAUCUGGUGUCCAUGUUGGAGUUUAACUCUGGGUCUUCAUGUUGAGAUUUGACCUGCCUUUUGAAACUGACCCAAACUGACUUGGUCCUGUGGCUCUGCCGAUACAGGACAAUACUAAUUGUUGUGUCCAAUCCUAAACCCUUCACAAUAGACAGGAAGCAGGCAUUUUGCCUGAAAGUUCAAGCGUCAGCUGUAAUGUGAGCAUUAGAAUUUUUUUAAAGUCAGCAAUAUUCACUGAUGUCCUCUACUUGAAUACCACACUCGAAUGGAAUAUCAUAGCGGCUGCCCAUGUAGGAAUGCUGUACCCCUGAUUCAGACAGCGAGGAGAGGAGAUGAGAAAGAGCCAUGUGGGAGUGAUAACAUCCACCCUUUAAAUCCCACCCCCCUACAAACUUCCCUGCUCUAGAUUAUAGGAUGCAAAAGAAUGAAUGUGAUUGGGCAUGGUGGAGAGUGGAAUGAGGUUCCACCCAGGAGUCUUUUGCAGAAAACACUGGCCAUGUGGAUUGAGACCAUGAGGUUAACACAUUCACAUUCAGAUAAUUUAUUAAUCAGAUUUGGGAGAUGAGGUGGAGGAAGCCCUUCGACAUUGUCAUUGGGGCUAAAUAAACCUUUCUCUUAGUCCAAACCAUUUCAACAUUCGAGUAUUUUUAGAUGAAAUGAGGAUUUCUUUCCCCAAACAUUACUUAAAUGUACUUUAGCCCCUAUCCCUUGUAUAUAAGCCGUAUUUCAAUAUAUGGUUUAUAUCCAUAAAUAUUGCAUACACCAAAUACUAUCCCAGCCACUACAUAGUGAGAGGCAGACCAUAGCCUCCUAGUUUGUAGCUCAGCUGUUUUAACAUGUUUCUUUCUGAUUUUCUGAUGGUUAUAAUAUUCCAAGGCCAGGAGUUGCUCUUGAUCUGUGAGGGCUGUGAGAGAACUCAUGUACGCAUACUGGAAGUCAGGCAGAGCUCACUACCAAUACCCCUCAAGUCAAAUUACUGUCAAUGUUCUCAACAAAUUAAAGAAAUCUUCAGGUCUCCUACCCUUGGCCUUGCUGAAGACAUUAGAUAGUGUUCUGGAUUAUAUAAUCUAUCUAUUUUCCAAGCCCAAGUUGGCUGGUGUAGGUACCUGGCAGUGUGUUCUUAAAACAUGACAAUAUUUUAGUGGUUGGAUUGUUCGCGAAAGAAUUUAAUUUAUUAAAUAACAACAUUCGUGUCUGCAUAAAUAAAAUACUGCAGCAGCGAAAUAAAAAGCAAAAUGCCGGAGGUUUCUGCUUGUCAUGGGGCAGUAUCAGUGGAGAGCUGUGGUGAAACCUCACAACAGCACUUGUGUUUCUAAAGCUCUCAAAUACGGACUUGUCCAAAGAGAGUUUAUCAGCAUAACAGUUUUUAAACUCAUUCCUGAGAUAGGACAAGGCACGCAGAAUGCUGGAGGAACUGAGCAAGCCAGGCAGCGUCUAUGGAAAAGAAUAAACAGUCGACAUUUCGGGUCGAGUCCUGAAGAAGGGCCUCGCCCUGAAAUGCUGGUUGUUUUUCUCUUUUCCAUAGAUGCUUCCUGUCCUACUGAGUUCCUCUAGCAUUUUAUGUGUAUUGCUUGGAUUGCUAGCAACUGCAGAUUUUCCCGUCCCUGAGAUAGAACAGCUUAUAUUUCGUGCACUUAAUGUCAUGGUGGCCAUUGAAGACUACAUUUAGUAGUCAACCAUGUUCACUUCCAUAACACUAGAGGGAGAUGCUUUCUCUUUCAGCAAAGAUGAUCUGAUUUGGUGAGCUCUGCUGGUACAGUACAGCCCAUGAAGAGGCUAUUCGGCCCACAAUGUUGUACCAAACCAGCUAAAAGGCAAAUCAGAAACACCCAAACACUAGUCCCUCCUACCUACAACAUGUCCAUAUCCCUCCAUCUUUUUUACAUGCAUAUGCCUAUCCAAGUGUCUCUUUUAAAAAAAGCCUCUGACGUAUUUGCCUCUACCACCAUACCAGCGCAUUCCAGGCAUCCAUGACUCUGAGUAGAAAAGCUUAGCCCUCACAUCCCACUCACCUUCAGUUCCUGCCCUGUGUUUGUUUAGUUUGUCCAGGUUUGCUGAACCUGUAGCUUCAGGCAGGUGUCCUGUGGAAUGUGCCUCAGUUGGGUCAGGAUCCAUCAUUGGGGUGAGGUACCCCCGCUAUGAUUAGUCCAGGGCUGUAAACAUUUAGUGAUGGAAGUGACCAUGGUGCCGUUUCUCAGAGGAAUCUGCCCUUCAUGUUUGUUGAGGUGUUUAAAGGUGGCGUGUGUGAAUGGCCAGUCCCUCCAGAGGUGGGGAGACAGAUUUCUGACUACUUGCUGCCUGGUGUUCAGGAGGUAUCCAGGACCUGAUCAGUCACCUAGUAGUGGAUGCCUGUGGGAUUCUACUCACUCAGGGCAGUAGCUUGACUGCUCACACCAGACUGUUGCUGUUACAACGGAUUGUUAUCACGUGCUUCCCAGCACCCAAUCUCUUUCUCAAUCCUGUCAACUCCUACUGGGCAUCCAAGAGUUAUUUUGUGCCUUUCAACUGUCACCACUUAGAAACAGUGGACGCUGAAACCCAUUCACUUGAUACUCGCAUGUCUGUCAGUGUCUGCUACAAGGGAAAAGCUGGAAGAGGGUGUUUGUUCCCUCUGGAUUUGGCUGUUUUGCUGAGGGAUUGCAUAUUUGCAGGAAGAUCUCGAUUCCUGCAAUCCUCUCGGCUCCUUGCCUCUACCCCUCACGAACCCAUUUUUGACGAAGUCCGAUUGCUUUUGGAUUGUAGGAUAAAUUAUUAGACCUCUAGAAAAUUGCAGUGUUAAAACUCCUACAUCUCUGCAGAUCCACCCUGUGGACCUGGAGCCACCUAAUUUGUGGUUUAAUGGAUCAUGAAAGCGAAACAGUCACAGGAGCAUCAACCUGAAACAUUAACUCUGCUGCCUGACCUGCUGAGAAAUCCCAGGCUUUCCUGUUAUUCUUUUAAAUUUCCAGCAGGAUUUUAAUUUUGCUUUUAGUUUCCAGUAACGCAGAUCAGUGAUCAGAGGUUACAAUGUUAGGUAACUGGGCAAAAAGCCAGUGAUUUUCAUGCAGCAUGUUUAGAUCUAGAACGUGCUUCCUAGGAAGCAGGUUCACUCUCAAUAAAGAAUUUGGAUUCAAAAGGGGAAGUUUUUCCGAUCUCUGGGAAAGAGCUCAGGAUAUUUCAAAGAACCAGCAAAGGCACAAGAAGCCAGUUGGGCUCCAGCAGCGCAGGAUUCCACAAUCGUCUGUGACAGGUUUGUGUCCCAGUUAAAAACAGGAGACCCUGACUUCUAACCCUGACCACAUGGAAGCAAAUAAUUCAUUUUAUCAUGUGUUCUAGUGCUUAAUAGUAAGGAUCUAUUGGGCUGCCUUAAUCCACUUAUUACUCUGUAACUAGACUGGAGCUGAAGUGUCGGACAACUGUGUCACCUGCUUUUUCUACUGAAUGAAAUCAAAUUUACACUUGGGGCAAAAUCUCAUUUCAGAUUUGGGACAAUAGUGUGUUAGAUGCAUUUGAAAGCAUUUGCACAAUUAGUUCAGGUCAGUCAUAUCAUAUGUCACUCACUAAUCUGCUCCCUUGAGAUAUUGGAAUUGUCCUACAUUGCCCAACAAGGCCAGUAUUUUACUGGCGAGGUGUCCUGUUGUCGGUUGUGAUCAGAUUGUUAUGGACAUGCUGUAAUUUUCUUUCGAUGUCUGUAACAAAAGAAUAAAAUAGUGAAUCCUGAA